UGCCGUUAAGAUUAGACAACUUCAAGUUCUAUCCUCUUUCAUCCCGCAUCGUCCCUGACACCGGCGAUUGGUUUCAACGGGCCGACCUCACCGUCUGACGAGUUCCCAAGAUUCCGGAUUGGCUGAUUUGCUCGAAAAUGUCGACUGCUCAUUUCACCAUUCAAUCUCCGUUUGCGAAAAGUAUACAGUACCGCUCAGAUCACGCAAUCUCGAAACCAUCACUUAGCUUUAGAUAUUCUACGCAGUCAUUUACGGUUAGGUCGGCUUUGUCCGAUAGCCCUACUAUCGUCACCGCCGAGUCUAAGGAGAAAAAAUUCCAGCAUUGCUUCAGCAAGUCUGGUGACGGGUUUCUCUACUGCGAGGUUCGGAAAGUUCAAGAUAUAGUGGAUUCAGUGGAGAAGAGGCCGUUUUAUCUAUACAGUAAGCCCCAAAUUACUCGAAAUUUCGAAGCCUAUCGGGAAGCUCUGCAAGGCUUGAGAUCAGUUAUCGGUUACGCAAUUAAAGCCAAUAAUAACUUGAAAAUUCUUGAGCAUUUGAGACGAUUGGGUUGUGGUGCCGUGCUAGUUAGCGGGAAUGAGCUGAAAGUGGCACUCCGCGCAGGGUUCGAUCCGGCAAGGUGUAUAUUUAAUGGUAAUGGGAAACUCUUGGAGGACCUGGUGCUGGCUGCCCAAGAAGGAGUUUUUGUUAAUGUGGACAGUGAAUUUGAUUUGGAAAAUAUUGUAUUAGCGGCAAGAGUUGCUGGAAAGAGGGUCAAUGUUUUGCUUCGGAUCAAUCCUGAUGUUGAUCCUCAGGUUCAUCCUUAUGUUGCUACUGGGAAUAAAAACUCAAAAUUCGGUAUCAGAAAUGAGAAGCUGCAAUGGUUUUUGGAUGCUGUGAACGCACAUCCUAUGGAGAUGAAGCUUGUGGGAGUCCAUUGCCAUCUUGGGUCUACCAUUACCAAGGUGGACAUAUUCAGGGAUGCUGCAAUCCUUAUGGUGGGCUAUAUUGACCAAAUCCGGGCCCAAGGCUUUCAAAUUGAAUACCUAAAUAUUGGAGGCGGUCUGGGAAUAGAUUAUCAUCACAGUGGGGCUGUCCUUCCAACACCCAUGGAUCUCAUCAACACCGUCCGGGAGCUGGUUCUUUCUCAUAACCUUCAUCUCAUCAUUGAACCUGGGAGAUCACUUAUUGCCAACACUUGUUGCCUAGUUAACCGAGUGAUUGGGGUCAAAACAAAUGGAACGAAAAAUUUUAUUGUUAUUGAUGGAAGCAUGUCAGAACUUAUCCGACCAAGUCUUUAUGGUGCUUAUCAACACAUAGAGUUGGUUUCUCCUCCACCACCUGAAGCAGAGAUUUCCACAUUUGAUGUGGUGGGCCCUGUCUGUGAGUCUGCAGAUUUCUUGGGAAAGGACAGAGAGCUCCCUACUCCUGCUAAGGGUACUGGUUUGGUAGUUCACGAUGCAGGGGCAUAUUGCAUGAGCAUGGCAUCAACAUACAAUCUCAAGAUGCGACCACCCGAGUAUUGGGUCGAAGAAGAUGGAUCUGUGGCCAAAAUCCGGCACGCAGAGACUUUUGAGGACCAUAUGAGAUAUUUUCAGGGCCUUUGAUCAAAUAUUUAUGUUCUUUAACCAUUAAUUGGGACUGUUGUAGAACUCGAGGUA